AUGAAGUGCAUUACCACCAUCCUCGCCCUCGCCGGUGUCGUCGUCCUCGCCGACCUCACUGACCAAGGCGAAGCCGAGACCGUCUGCGGCAGCUGCGACUACGGCGGUGUGGGCCAGCAGCUGAUCGCAAACAGUCCGCAAUGCUCUCAGCUCAACAAGUUGGGCGGCUGGUCCAUUGGUCGAUGCAUCAACCUCGACUGCCGCAUCUGCAUGUUUUUCAAGGACUACGACUGCAAGAGUAUCGACUUGUCUUGGGCUCCGCAUGGUUCUCCGUAUUUCUCUGCGGCCCAGUUCAAUAGCUACUCAUGUGUUGCUUAG